GCCCCAGUCUGCACCAUGCCGCUGGCUGUGGCGCUGGUGCUGGCGCUGGCGCUGGCGGGGCGGGCGGGCGCGGAGUGUGGGCCGUGCGAGCCGGGCGGCUGCCCCCCGGCGCGGUGCGCGGCGCCCGAGCUGGCGGCGCGGGACGAGUGCGGCUGCUGCCCGCUGUGCCUGGGCGCCGAGGGGGAGCGCUGCGGCGGGCGGGCGGGCGGCGGCGCGCGGGGCCCGCGCUGCGGCCCGGGGCUGGUGUGCGUGAGCCGGGCGGGCGGGCCGGGCGCCGCGGCGCCGCUGGAGGGCACGGGCGUGUGCGUGUGCAAGGAGGACGGUGCCGUGUGCGGCUCGGACGGGCGCUCCUACCGCAGCGUCUGCGCCCUGCGCCUGCACAGCUGGGCCGCCCGCCCGCGCCUGCACAAGGCGCACGACGGCGAGUGCAAGCUGGCUCCUGUGAUCAUUGUGCCACCAAAAAAGAUCCAUAAUGUAACUGGUGCCCAAGUGUACCUGUCCUGCGAAGUGAAGGCAGUCCCCACACCUAUCAUCACAUGGAGAAAGGUCACCGAGUCACCAAAGGGAGUUAAGCUCCUGGAAGAACUGCCUGGAGACAGAGUAAACAUGGCAGUCCAAGUUCGUGGUGGGCCUUCUAAACAUGAGAGCACAGGGUGGGUCCUGAUUAAUCCACUGACAAAGGAAGAUGAGGGGGUUUACCAGUGUCAUGCUAACAAUAUGGUUGGAGAAAUGCAUGCUGAUGGGAACAUCAAAGUCACAGAGCAAAGUAAAAGCAAGAAGACUGACUUCCUAGCAUCUGAUAGUGUUUUCUAAUGAGGAAGAAGUGAUUCAACCUUCACUCGAGGGGAACUAGGAACACUGAGCAGAAGCAAAAAAAAUUGUCAAUGAGUGGCUUGCUUUGCUUUCUUACACUUUGAGAAUUAGGAUACCCUAAAUUAAUAUGGUUGUUACAUGCUUAACAUUGGUUUUGUACAUUUUCCUAUUUAGAUAAAUAUUAGAUUCAUAAUGAAAAUAUGUAGUUUGUAACUGGGAGAAAAUAAUGAGCAAUAAAAAGCAAGACUUUUUUUUACCAUUUUAAAUGA